CUAAUUUUUUAACUCCGAUAACAGCGACAAGAAAUGCGAUUGGAAACAUCGCACAGCUCCCUUGUAUCUCAAGUUUUCCAAAAAAAGAUUUGCAGCUAUGACUUUUAUUGCUAGUUUUCUUCUUUAAUAGAAUUUUAAAAAUGGACAUAAAUAGUGUAUCACAGCGAAUUAAUUUAUCAGAUGGUAACAGUAUGCCAUUGUUUGGGUUUGGAUGCUGGAACUUAGCUCCUAAAAAAGUGUUAGUGGCUCUCGAGUCCGCUGUGAAAAAUGGCUAUUGUUUAUUUGAUACCGCUGAAAUGUACAAGAAUGAAGAAAUGAUUGGAAAAGCUCUGAAAAACUCAACAUUGUCACGUGACCAGUAUUUUGUUGUGACGAAAUUAUUGCCAAGCAAGCAUGGAUAUAAUGAAGCAAAGUCGGGUUUACGAGAGAGUUUAACUCGCCUAGGUCUUGAUUAUGUGGACUUGUUUUUAAUACAUUCACCACAUGGAGGAAAGAAUAUCGAGACAUGGAAAGCUUUUGUUGAGUUGAAACAGGAAGGAUUGACCAAAAGCAUUGGUGUUUCGAAUUUUAAUGUUCAACACUUGAAAGGUUUAAUGGCAAGUGGGAUGGAGAGCCCGGCUGUCAAUCAAAUUGAACUUCAUCCUUGGUACAUUCCGGAAAACUGUGUUGAAUACUGUCGAAAGCAUAGUAUAGCUGUCAUGGGUUACUGUCCCUUAGCCAGAGCACGUCUAUUCGAGGAUGGCAAAUAUGACAUCAUAGAUAAUCUUAGCAAAAAACAUCAGAAAACAAAAGCACAACUUCUUUUAAGAUGGGCUUUACAAAGAGAAUUUAUCACUAUACCAAAAUCAGCAAAUCCAGAAAGAAUUAAAGAGAACAGUGAAAUCUUCGACUUCGUUUUGUCUGAAGAUGAUAUGAAUUUGAUGAGUCAGCUAAAUCAGGAGCUUCAUAUCGCCAAAUGUUCAAGUGUCAUGAACGAACAUUGGACUGGGUGAACAGAAUGUCAACAAUGCUUUGAAUAACACGAAGACUAAUCGGUAUGCGACCAAAACAAAACAUAUUUCUACAAUUAUAAUAUUGCUUUUUAAAUGAAAUAUUUACUUGAAGAAAAUAAGAUAAAUUUUAAACUUAUUUUCACAACGCAGAUGUAUGCAUAGAGAUAUCUCUGUGUUGGUAUUUCAUGAAUUCUUGUUUUAUGGAAAACAUUUAGUGUAUAUUUGUUCAUUCUGUAGAAGUUAUAAUGAAUCGAUUUACAAG